AUGGCGCGGACGGACGGCCAGCUUGCGCUGCUCCACGUGCAGCGCGCCAAUCGCCCGCGCAUUGCGCCGAUCCUCCGCGUUGUCACUACUGGCGCGGCCCCGCUCCCAGUGGUGGCGCUCGCGGCGCAAGGGCAGCUCGGGAAAGGGCAGGUGGCGCAACCGCAGCCUGCGCAAGCGCAGGCGCAACUAGUGGCGGGGCGCGCGGGGCAGGUAGUGGCGCCACUGCAGGCCGGUGCCCCCGGAAAAAGCGGGCCCCCUUCCGCCACUUCUGCCGCUCCGCCUGCGCCUGUUAUCCCCCCGCCCGCUGCUGCUGCCCCGCUCGCAGGCGCCGCCGCCAAGCCCUCCGCCUCCUCCGCUGCAGAGGAAGCAGUACGUGAACAGAAGGCGGAGGCUGAAAAGCGUGCAGGAGGAGAACCCUCAAACGUGGCAGCACGCGCGACGAGAGAGGUUGGGGGGGCGGAAGAGGAGGAGAGGGGGGGUGAGGGUGGGAAAGGGAAGGAGGGGGGGAAGGCGGAAGGGGCGGAGGGUGCAGGGGGACAGGCUGGUGCGGCAGGGGCUGCUGGCGUGGGUGGUGCUGGCUCUGGGGUUCGUGAUGAGGCAAAGACUGCUGCUGCUGGUGCUGCUGGUGCUGCUGGUGCUGCUGCUAGUGAUGCUGCGGGGGUGGCUGGAGCUGAUACAGCCGCUGCUACAGGCGCAGCCACAGUGCCAGCUACAGUAACAGCCACGGUCGCUGCUACAGUAGCGACUACAGUGACUGCUACAGUGGCGGUAGACGCGGAGCACCCCACGGUGGCCACGGUUGUCCUGGAGCCUGCUGGCGCUGUGCGCUUUGAAUCGACUCCCUCCACCCCCGCCCGCCCGCUGCCCCUCAAACCACAAACUAAACCCCCGGCUGCCGCAGCAGCUGCCACAAAAGCAGCAAUGAGAGGAGGGAAGAUGAAAGAGGAAGAGCGGGUGGGUGACGGGGCAGCAGAAGGUGGGGGGGAAGGGGAAAGGGGAGGACGAGGGAAGGGAGAGGGAGGAGAGGGAGAGGCGGGAGGCGCAGAGGCAGGUGGGCGCAGGGGGAAGCAUGCAGGUGCGGUAGCCAUGGCAGGAGGAAUCGACAGAAGAGAGGGUGAUGGGGAGAGUGGAGGAGGAGGGAGAGGAGGAGGGAGUGGGAAAGGAAGUGGGAAACAUGGCACUUGUAAGCUGCCGCCCGCAAAGCACUCCAAGUCGUUCAAACUCUCGUCUUCUUCGAAAAAGCCGACUCUCAAAGUGACCUUUGACUCAUCCCAAAAGUCAUCUUCCCUCAAGAAGCCGUUUUCCUCCAAGUCUAAGCACGCCCCGCUGCCGCCCAAACACGCCGCCCCUGCCAAACAUGCCGCCCAGUCCAAGCAGUCUGCCGCCCAGAAGCGGGCGGCGGGGGGGAAGCAGCCGCUGAGCCCCACUAGGCAUUCUGCCAGGCUGGCGCUGAUCUCCCCCGCCCGGAAGAAAGGGCGGUGGGGUGGGGAGGAGUGGGAGGGCGGUGAUGCGGAUGAAGGGGAGGAGGGAGAUGGGGGGAGGAAGGAGGGGAGCAAGAAAGGGGCAGGGAAGGAGGAGGAAGGUGGAAGAAGGGGGGCGGAUGGGGAGAGGGAUGGGGAAGGGAAGGGGGACGAUGGGCGGAAGGGGAAAGGCGUGUGGAAAGGGAGAGUGGAGAGUGGUGCAGAUGGUAAAGCGAUGGGUCGCACAGAAAGAGGAGGCAGCAAGGGAGUGAGAGAGGAAACGAGCAGCAGAGGUGGAGGGAAGGGAGAGAAGGAGAGGUGGGGGGGGAAGGGGUUGCGGGAGAGAGGAGGUCAGGGUGACGGUGCAGAGGAGGAGGCAGAGCAGCAGCGGAGCAAGCGUCCCGUGGUUGAGGGGAGGGGCGCAGAACAGAGGGACGGGCAGAGAGUUGGUGCAACAACCCCCACCAAAGCCAAAGCCAAGGCUACACCUAGUGCUGCCGCCGCUGCUGCUGCUGCUGCUCGGCCCAUGGCUCCCCCAUCCACUCGCUCCGCUACCGUCCUUUCUCCCCCUCGCCCCUCCCCUCGCGCUCCUCUGCGCCCUCCCCCUCGUGCCUCCCCUCGUGCGCCCCCCCCUGCUCCCCCGCGCCCGGCUGCCCCGUCUGCAGCAGCGGACCGCGCAGCAGCAGCCAUGGCUGCUGCCAGGAGCCUGGGGGGCUUGGGAGGGGGGCUGGACUGGCCUCCUGUUGACACUCCCGAGGCAGAGGCUUGCGCUGACGCCCACGCCACUCCAGGGAGCCUUGAAAUUUCCGAAAAUCCCGAGGAUUCAGAGAGUUUUGAGGCUCUUCAGAUGGGUGGGAAGGCUGUAAAGGCAGCAGAGGUGGUGGUGGUGAAGUCUGAAGCAGAGGCGAGGGGGAGGGGUGGGGGCAAGGUGGGUGUGGUGGCGGAGGGUGAGAAGGGUGGUGCGGGGAGGGGGAGUGAAGGGGGGAGGAGAGGGGGGGAGGAAGUGAGGGGGAGAGGGGGAAGGGUGGCAGGGGCGGCAGGGGCGGCAGGUGUGGGAGCAGUGGUGAAGAUUGUAUUAGCGGCUGAGGCGAGGGGUGGUGGGAUGGGGGAGGUAAGUGGUGAUGGUGGGAAGGAAGAUGACUGGAUUAUGUUGGAGCAAGAGGAGGAGGGGGAGGGGGAGGAAAGAGGGAAGGGAGGAGGGAGUGAGAGGGCGGAGCAGGGGGGGAUAGCAUUGGAAGAAGAGGGAGAGGAGGAGAGUGUGGAUGUGGAGGAAGCUGAUGAUGAUACUGAUGAGGAGGGGGAGGGGGAGGAUGAGGAAGAUGAAGAGGAGGAUGAGGAGGAUGAUGAUGAGGGGGGGUUUGACAUGGAUGGGGGGGCGGUGGCAGCGCUGGCAGCGGCGGGGAUAGACAUCAGCAUGCAUGGCACGCGGAGCCUCUCAGAGGCUGACGUGGCAGCUGCUUGCCACCAGUACGGGGCGGCCUUCAUAAUGGCUCUGCUCCACGAGGUGGCACGGGAGGCAUCGUACCGCCGCCACCUCCACUGGCCGUCCAUAGCCGCCCGCCUCUCGGCCAAUCACAGCUUCCCCGUCGCCAGCCUGGCGCUCUGCCAGCUGCUGUGGCGCUGGCUGGCCUACGGCCGCCCCUUCUCGCACCUGGACACGCUGCCCUCUGCACCGCUCCUGGUGUUUUCGCCCCUGCCAGCUGCUCUGGCGCUGGCUUGCCUACGGCUCCCCUUCUCGCACCUUGGCACCCUCCCCUCCGCACCCCUGUUGGAGGAGGAGGAGAGCGAUUUGGAGGACGAGCUCGAAUACCCGCUGGACACGUCUCCUCACCUCAUUUCCGCUGCUGCAUCGUUUGUCAAGGCUGACUUGGCUGAUUCUGACAUUGCCUAUGGGUGGUACCACUCGUGCCACCCUGGGAAGCACGGCACCUCUGAGGCGCCGCAAAAGCACGACGCACAGCAGCAGCAGCAGCAGCAGCAGCAGCAGCAGGCGGAUGGAGGAGGGCAGACGCACACGGAGCAAGGCACGGCACAGGCCAAGGAUCGCCAGCAGGGAGAGCGGGAGGAGCAGCAGCGGCAGCAGCAGCGGCAGCAGCACACACAAGGAGAGAAUUUCCAUGACCCUUGGGACUUAGGCAUCCCUGAUUCUGCCUCCCAUGCCCUUUCGACUGCCCAGACUCACGCCCCUCUGCCCCCUGUCGACCCUGCUGCUGCUGAGAUUGGGGAGGGGGAGGAGGAUGAGGACGAGGAGGAGAACAAGCCAGUGGCACGGCUGGUGAGUCAACACGCGCCAGUGCCCAAGGGUGCAGAGGGCUCAAAGGGGGAGGGUGGGACAGGGAAGGAGCAGGGCAAGACAGGGGAUGGAGCCGGAGGAGGAGUAGCAGGAGCCGGAGGAGGAGUGAGUCGGAAGGCAUUGGGGAAGGGUUUUGAAGAAUCAGCCUUGGCUGCAGGGGCAGGAGGGGGAGGAGGGGAGGGGGGAGCGAAGAAGGACGGAGCGAAAGCCGCUGCCGGAAAGCCAGCAGCAGCAAAGGCAUCGACAGGCGGUGGGGGGGAGGGUGGGGCAGGCGAGAAGAAGACCAGCAGCAGCAACGCCCAGCCGGCCAAACCCAGCAAGGCAGGCGCCGCUGCCGCUUCUGCAUCUGCUGCUGCCUCUGCCUCUGCUUCUGCCGCUGCCGCUGCUGCUGCAGGCAGUGCAGGUGGUGGCAGUGGCGGCACAGAGGGAAAGGGGGCUGCAGGGGGAGGGGGAGGGGCAGCAGGGGGAGCAGGGGGCACAGCGGGGGGAGCGGGAGGGGGAGCAGGAGCAGCGGAUGGAGAGGCGAAGAAGAAGCGCAAGGCAUGGACGCCGGAUGAGGACAAGCUGCUGCUGAAGGCGGUGGAGGUGUACGGCGAGGGGCAGUGGGGGCUUGCUGCUGCUGCUGCUGCUGCUGCUGCUGCUGCUGCUGCUGCUGCUGCUGAAGGUGAUAGAGGUGUAUGGGGAGGGGCAGAGAGGGCGCGUGCUCAAGAGGAACGCCCCCAGCUGUCCCAGGUCAGUACUUUCUACAAUUGCCUGCUCCUCACUGUCCCCUUCCCUCCCAACCCAACUCCCUCUCUCUGCGCGUCCCCCUCCUUUCCACCCGAAUGCCAGCGCUGCGGUGGUACAUUCUACGAAACAAGUUUGAGAAGGAAGGAGUGCCCAUCCCACGCCCAUUACUUACUGUUUCCCUCAUACCUCCCUCUCUCUGCUCUCCCCCGCUCCCUACCCUCACACCAGCGCUGGUACAUUCUGCGCAAGAAGUUUGAGAAGGAGGGAGUGCCCAUCCCAGGCCGCAAGGCAAGGGAGGCCCGGGAAGCAGCAGCAAGAGAGGCAGCAGCAAAAGAAGCCGCUGCAAAGGAGGCUGCGGCUAAAGAGGCGGCUGCUAAGAAGGCUGCUGCUAGAGAGGCCGCUGCAAAAGAAGCAGCGGUGAAGGCUGAAGCUGCUGCGAGGGAAGCAGCAGCAAGGGAGGCAGCGAGAGAAGCGGCAAGGGAGGCAGCUAGGGAGGCAGCCGCUAGGGAAGCAGCACGAGAAGCAGCAGCUAGAGCGGAGGCUGAGGGUGCUGGUAAGGCAGGAGAGGGUGGUGUGGGAGGGGAGACUGGGGAUGGGAGUGGGGCCGGGAUGCAGCAGCAGCAGCAGCAGCAACAGCAGCCAGCGCAGCAGAGAGGAGCAGCGAGUAGCAGUGGUGGUUUGGGGGAAGCUGCCGCCGCCGCCGCUGCUAAUGCUGCCAAAUCGGCAACAGCUGGCGGUUAUUCACCCGGUGGGCUGCCGGGCGGCAGAGGUACUGUAGCAGGGGCGGGCGGGCGGGCGGGAGCGGGCGGCGGCAUGAUGGGCAGGAUGGGUGUGGGGAGAGGAAGAGGGGUGGGUAAUGUCGGUGCUGCAGCAGCAGCAGCAGCAGCAGGGAGGGGAUUGCCAUCAGGCUCAGCAGCAGGAGCAGGAGCAGGAGCAGCAGCAGGAGGUAUGGGAGGAGUGGGAGGAGGGAUAGGAGGGGGUCCUCGGCCAGGCAUUGGCACAGUAGGGCGUGCAUCCAUGCACCCGCACUCCUCCCACCCCUCCCACGCCUCCCUCUCCUCCUCCCACUCCCCUCACACCUCACUCUCUCACUCGCACACACCUCUCGCCCCGGACCCUCUGGUGCAGGCGGCAGCAGUGGCAGCAGGGGCGCGGAUAGCACCUCCCUCAGCUGCAGCCUCCCUCAUGCAGGCCGCUGCGGGGAAGGCAGGUGCGCCUGUGGUGGUGCACCACAUCACCCGCUCGCCCCAUACCUACAGCUCAGGCUCGGCAGCAGGGUUUGUGCCUGGCGGUGGAGGUUCGGGAAGGCCUGGAGUGGGAGCGGUGGGAGGGGCAGGUCGGGGUGGGGGAGGGCAGAGUGGGAGAGGGAGAGGGGUUGCCGUGUCUUCUGCUGCUACAGCCGGUGCUGCUGUAGCUGGUUCAGGGGGAGGGAGGGGAGGGGUAGGGGGAGUGGGGAGAGGGGCAGGUGCAUCUGUGCCAGGUGGCCAAACCCCAUUGGCUGGGAGUAAACCAGUGGGGCAAAGUGCCUCUUCGGGAAUGCCCCCAGCAGGCGCACAGGGGAGCGCAGGGGGAGGUGCAGGCGCACAGGUGGGCGCACAGAGCAGCACCAUGCAAGUGGGCAGGUGA